AUGGGCUCGGGAAGCAGUAAAUGUACCCCUUUGGAAUGCUUCCUUAACAACUGGAAAUUGGCCACCAAGGAUGAUGAUUGGGGAUUCAAGUUGAAGAAGGAGAGGCUUAGGACCCUCUGUGAAGUGGACUGGCCGACCCAAGGGACUGGCUGGCCGUCCCAGGGCACCUUUGAUGGACAGUUAAUCAACCCCUUGUGGCAGCGAAUAAUUGAAAACCAUCCAGACCAAAUUCCCUAUAUUUCCACGUGGAAAACCAAUGUGGAUAAAAACCCCCCUUGGCUGAAGGCUUGCCGAACUGUUCCACCACGGGCAAAGGUCUGUGCCGUCCGGCAGCAGAAAUUACCUCCUGUUGUCCAAGACACAGAGGAAGAUGAGCUACUUGUAAGGCCACCCCCUUAUACACCCCCAGCACCGGCCCCACCACCACAGAAUGAUCCACCCCCACAGGAUAAUCCUCCAGAGCCGGCUGGCGUCGACCCAAAUGGUGGGGCCCCGGGUGGGAAGGAUGUCCCCGAUAAAGAGGGUGAGAGUGAGGAAGAGGACGAAGCAGAGAUGUUAAGGAAGUUAAAAGAAAAGGCUGGUAAAGGAGACAAAUGGUCUGAGAGGCAGGAAGACUGGAUAAGGCAAUACGUAGAUCCUUAUAAAGGACAAGUGGAUGUCAUGCCACAUGUGUUAAAAGUGGCAGAGUGUAAAGACACACAUUGGAAAAAGAGACAGAAAAGGUGGAUGGAUGCAGCAAUACAGGCACAUACCCAUCACCAGGCAGAGAAGGACAGGAAGGAUCGGGCUACGCCCGUAAUGCCCCUCCGGAGAGUCUAUGACCCGCCAGGACCGCUGGGGGAGGGUGGGGCAGCAGCAGCACGCACUUAUACAAUCCAGCAUGUGCCUUUUUCAACUGCUGAUAUAUGCAAUUGA